GAAUAGGGAUAAAGUAGGAGGAGGCUUAAGAGAAUUCAGAAACGGCUCCACUCGGUAGCCCGCAACCGUUUUUGCUACCGCUAGCACGCCACGUGGCAUCACUUUGAGAAGCGUGCCGCUUCUAGUACCUUCCACGUGAUAUUGUCAGUUCAGCCACGUGGCCACUAUCCUUCAGCUAAUAUAUCCCUUUCUAGAUCGCCAAAAAUUUGCAGCUUUUUGAUUUCGAUUCCCACGAAAUUUGUUCUAACGGCUAUGGCGUCUUUUGUCCCUCAAUUUCUGAUUCCCAAUUCCGACAUUUCUGCAACUCCUCGUUAUUAUAACCUUCAAAUUCCAAGCGGUUAUGGUAAUAAUGCCUAUCGAAUCCGGCAGCCAUUUUCAUCGAAUGAGAAGAAGGAAAGGUAUCUAUUAUGGUCCAAGUGUGGAAAAGGAGAUUCGAUUGAAAAGAGAUUGGAGGAACAAAUUGAUAAUUUGGGAAGAAUGUCAGGUAAGUGUAAAGAAGGGAUGGGUGGAAUGGUUGAGUUAUUGGAGUGUUUAGAAAGAGAAGCAAUAAUGGGAGAUGAUGAAGGUAAAGCACCAAUGGAUUACAAUAGGAGAGCACAGAUUUUUGACAAAAGUUCUAAAGUCUUCCAGGCUCUUAAAAAAACAGCAGAAAAAACAACUACUACCAGUAAUGAUUAAUUGCAAAAAAAUAACUAUAUUUGCAUUUGUGGUUACAUGAAAAUAAUGUACUAUCAUAUGAUUAGUAUUACUGCUUUACAAAUAAUUAAAACAUUAGCUGUUAAUAUAUAGAAGUAUUCAUGAAUGAUUUGGAACCCAUA